GGACCCGGCCUGCGGGUGGGCAUGAGAGGCCAGGCGGAUUGUGGUCUGAAGCCGCAUGGACAGCCUGGCACUGGGCCGGUGGCGACGGCAGAGGCCGGAGGAGCUGCAGGCUCCGCCGGACGCGAAGCGGGCAUGCAGGAGAUUAGAAACAAGUGAGCAGGAGUGUGUCUGCCCCCUGGUGAAGGUGUGUGCCCCAGGGCCCUGGAGUCCAGAGGACCAGGGGCCCCAACACACAGGCUGCUCCCCUGCACCAAGGCCAGAAAGUAGCCAGGGGAGGCCCAGUGCGGGGAUUCCUCGGAAUGGUGGAAGGAACUCUGCCCAGCCUUGCCCGAGAUGUGUUGCGGGGGAGUCCGGGCAUUUUAACCACACUGAGAAUUGUUAGAAGAUGCAAGCUUGAAAAAGGAAGAUCCCAGUUUUGGUUUUGAACCUACUUCGGGACAGAAAAUGUGAAUCUCCUACAGAUGGGGGCCCCUGUUCAGACAGCAGCUGGGGUUCUCCGCAGCGGGUUGCUUGUUUCCUAACUCAGGUAAUCCCACCCACCGCGAAAGCCCAGAGAAUCCACGUCACAUCCGAAGAGACUCCACAUCGUGACUUGCUGCAGCCCCCUUUCAAAUGUACCUUGCUCAAGAGGAAGAUCCAUUGCAGCACUUAAAAGUUAAAACAGUUCUGUUCCACACUUCCCAUGAGGUUCGGGAACACUGUGGCUUCUGGGAUCGCACCCGGGUGUGGCCCCACUCUUGCACUUCCCAGCUGUUCUGUGGAUGUAUCCAGGGCUGCUUAUGUGCUCUUUUUAAUUAGGAGCCUUAUUUUUAUAUUUGAAAUGCUCUAUAAUCCUGAAGUGAAUUUGACUAAAUGCUAGUAUCCAGUCUGUGUAAUUCUCCAGCUGAGGUUAUCAGAGAGAAGGACCCCUUUUAUAUUCAAAUGGAAAUUGCUGAUUUUCUCGGGUUUUCGGUGUAUCAUCUGACUGGAGAGUGGUGGUAUUUUCUCUGGGUUUGAAGGCUUCCUGAGAUGUCCUGUUCACAUGAUAAACAAGGUCCUGAAGAAACCACUGUAUUAGAGAA